AUGAGUGACCUACUAAAACGCAAUCUAAGCCCGAUAAAACCCAAACCCAAACCAGGUUUAUCAGCUGCAGUAGACUGUCCAUCGGGAUGGUCGGAAUACAACGAUCAGUGUUAUAAAUAUUAUUCGACCCUCAAAAGCGCAACCGCAGCUGAGGACUACUGUCAAUCAGUAGGUGGGCAUCUAGUGACUGUGAGAAACGAAAAUGAACAAACUUUCGUUUCAAGCCUCGUACAAGAUUCAAGUUCAUCAAUUUGGAUAGGUUUUUGGCAGAUUGAUGAUGGAUGUUGGCGAUGGAUAGAAGACCCUUUAGAUGACGAUAGUUAUUGCCAAUACGGAAAUACAUAUAGCAAUGGGCCGAUAAACGAUGCCUGGACAUACUGGAAUACGAAUGAACCGAAUGACUCUGGUGGCGAGGACUGUGCGCAUCUGUGGCCAGCGACAACGGUUGGACAUAGAUGGAAUGACCUUGACUGCAGCAAUGCCUUCCCCUUCUUAUGUAAAACAGGUAUUCUUCGUAGUGGCUCACCCAGUCUUAUGCGACAAAAAAAAGGUCAGUUUCAACCACUGGUUAGCACAAGCAGUGAACUUGAUUCCAGCGAUAAUGAAGAGAUUGUUGUGGAUGAUGACAGGCCAACAUCAAGACCAGGAUCACUUAAGUUAAAAUUAUCAUUUAAUGGAAAAGACACUACCACUACUCAGGAGAGUUCUCAAGAGAAUUAUACAACAACACAGAGUGAACCCUCUGACUCUGGAGAUGAUUUGAUGCCUUCAGAUAGAGGACCACCACCUCCUUAUCCAGGUGUUAUUGUUGUGCCUAAUAAAGUUGGUAGUAUAGAUGACCUGUUACAAGCAAGUCAAUACGAGUUGCCUUCUGCUCCGCCAGCCAAUUUCACUAUAGCCGAAAUUGAGGAAGAACUCAAGAAUCAACCAGCAUCGCCCAGUACUCAUGAUGCUAUACAGGGUAUGUUAUCUAUGAGUUUACCGAAAACAGUGCCUGAUUCUAGCAGCCCAGUGCCACAUUCCACAGCAUUAUCUUCAUUUAUGAAUAUCCCACCAUCCAAACCAAAGAGAAUAUAUGCAGAUUUAGAGGAUAGUCCAGAUAGUCUUCCAACUUGUUUUCAAGAUUCUAAAUAUGUGCCUGGAUGUGCAUGUCCAACAACGGCAUGGACGGAAUACGACGGUUCAUGUUAUCGUUAUUUUGGUCAAGAAAUGUCUCACACAGCUGCCGAAACAACGUGCCAGAAUAAUUACAAUAGUCACUUAGUAUCGAUUACUAGCUUAAAUGAACAGAGGUUCGUGUCCAGCCUAAUUACCAGUGACGAUGUCAGAGUAUGGAUUGGUUUAUGGCAAUCCACUAACAGUGACUGUUAUAGAUGGCGAGACAAUCCUUCGUAUUGUGUUUAUCCUAAUGUGUACUCGUCGUCUACGUCGUAUUCUCAAUAUACAUAUUGGGCUCAUAAUCAACCUGAUGAUUCUGGUAGUGCGGAGCAUUGUGUUCAUUUCUUCGAUAGAACUGACUACUCCCACCUCUGGAACGACAAUGUGUGCAGCACUGACUAUGGAUUUGUCUGUGAAACAGGUUUCCUUGGAGCAUGUCCCACUGUAGACCAAUCCUGGCAUGAACACGAUGGAAGAUUAUACCGGUAUUUCACUAGCAUUGCAAGUGCAUCAAGUGCCGAGACAUCCUGUAACGAUGUGAUAAACUAUAAUGGUCAUUUAGUGUCAAUAACCAGUGACAGUGAACAAAGUUUUGUAACUGGUUUAAUUACAGAUGACUCGGCUCAUGUUUGGAUGGGCUUAUGGCAAACGUCUAACAGUGAUUGCUACAGAUGGAGAGACGACCCCACCUACUGUGUCUCUGACAAUGUAGACACUGGUACAUCAUAUGGCCAGUAUACUAGAUGGUUGUCAUACCAACCGGAUGAUGCUUCGAGUAAGGAACACUGUGUUCAUUUAUAUGACAAAGAGUCAGGUGGUCAUUACUGGAAUGAUGCGCCUCGCAGUAUAUCGUAUGCAUAUGUAUGUGAAACAGGUCAAUUUCCCUCGGUUGCAAGUAGUUCAUCUCCCAGUAUUGGCGAGAAUUCAGCUGUUGGUAGUGUGGUAUACACACUCACUGCCAGUGACGACACAGGAGUGUCUACUUUUGAACUGCUUUCAGUAUCUGAAGAUAUUUUCAUUCUUGAAAAAACUGGCAGUUUAACGGCAACUAUUAAAACAACACGCGCUCUCGAUUACGAAGCUGGCGAUAGGACCUUUACGUUGCACUUUCAACUCACGGACACAAUGGGAAUGUGUAGCACAAACUGGGUCACAUUCAAUGUCGCCAACGAGAACGACCCGGUGAAUGUAUUAAGCAGUGAUGGCGAUGCUUAUAUCGAUGAGAAUACUGGCGCCAAUUACUACGUCUAUACACUGUGUAUGUACGACCAAGACGGGACUACAGGUGACACAAUGUCGUAUUCAUUCACCAGCGUUCCAUCCGGUGGAACUGCUCUCUUUGACGUUGCAUCAGCUAGUCUUAGUAAUGUUGACUGCAGUGCCUAUCCGACGACUACACAUGCAGCUAAGGUAACUACCGCUGCUAACGUGAACCAUGAAGUGAGUAGUCAGUAUGGACUCACCAUCACAGUGACGGAUUCUGGCGGUGCUACUGAUACGCAUGCAGUUACUGUGCAUGUUGGAGAUGUCAAUGAUGCAAUACUAAUUACAGAUGCAACAACAUCCACGCUGCGCUACUCAAUUCCCGAGGACACGGCUGGUUUGACUGAACUAUUCACCGUGCAGUAUUUUGAUGAAGAUGGUGACGUUCCCACGUUUUCGUUGGUGACGGUCAAUGGAGCUUCAUCGUACAAUUUCGAGAUAAUUGAUGAAGAUGUUGGCACAGUGAGAGUCACCGAUCCGGCAAAUUUUGAUUGGGAUAGAGGCGAAAGACAGUACCUCCUGAAAAUCACUUGCACGUAA